AUGUUAAUUUGCGGCCUUUGUGCAACUGAUAUUUCCAAAGAGGAUGAGGUUGUUUGGACUUUGACUCCAAAUGGUUGUUAUUUAGCAAAAUCUGCCUGGAUGGCCCUUCGAAAUAAAGCCCCUACUGUGGAUUGGGCUCAUAUGGUUUGGCAUAAAAAAUAUGUUCCUCGCUGGUCUUUCAUUUUAUGGGUGGCCCUUCUGGGUAGUCUAUCCACUAAAGACAGAUUGAUGGAGUGGGGGACUAGUAUCAAGUUCAAGUGUUGUAGGCAUGGGGAUAGCUUGAGUCUGUUGGCUGAAGUCCAGUGGGGAUCUCAACAUUGUUCCAAGUCAGUCUCAACUAUUAUUUACCAGUGGUGUUUAGCAGCCUUAGUGUACUUCCUUUGGCGGGAGAGAAAUUCUCGAAUAUUUAGACAAGUUGGAGUAGAUUCCUACACCCUAGUUAAGAGAAUUGAGGAAGAGAUUAGAGCUUGCUUGGUAUCAAUGAAGCUAUCCAUACAUUCUGAUUUUGAUGCUGCUGUUUGUCAGGCCUGGGGGAUCCAAUUCGGAGUAGACAAUUAG